AUGGCUUCCACCAAAUUGGCAGUCAUUGCAUUAUUGUUCUUGUCUUGCUUGGUUUUGCUUGUUUCGGUUUCUUCUGCGGCUAAUUCAACCACCGGCCUCAAAGUGGGCUUCUACAGAAAAUCAUGCCCACCCGCAGAAGCCAUUGUCCAAAAAUACGUCAACAAAUUCGUCUUCCGCAACCCUGGAUUUGCCGCCGGCCUUAUCAGGCUUCAUUUCCACGACUGCUUCGUCAGGAUUGCUUUUGUUCUACGUACAUAUAUACUCAUUUUACUUUUACAGGGAUGUGAUGCUUCUGUGUUGUUGGAUGGAGCAAACUCGGAAAAACAAAGUAUACCAAACCGGGGAAGUUUAAGAGGUUUCGAGAUAAUCGACGCAGCAAAAGCUGAAUUGGAGAUUCGAUGCCCUGGAAUCGUUUCAUGUGCCGACAUCCUCGCAUUUGCCGCAAGAGACAGCGCAUGGAGAGUUGGUGACAUAUUCUACGAAGUACCCGCAGGACGCCGUGAUGGAAACGAGUCCAACACAUUGGACCCACUUCUCAAUCUUCCCCCACCUUUCUUCAACGCCACUCAACUCAGGGACAAUUUUGCAAGAAAGGGUCUCACACUCGACGAGAUGGUUACACUCUCAGGGGCUCACUCCAUUGGAAUUGCUCACUGCACCUCCUUCAACGGACGUCUAUACCCGACCGUGGACCCCACUCUAGACCCUAACUACGCCGUUUUCUUGAGAAAUAUCUGCCCGGCCCCCGUUGCUAAUGCCACAGGUCCACCAAGUGUGAACCCUACGGUGAAUCAGGAUACCAUAACCCCGAAACGUUUGGACAAUCUGUACUACGAGCUGUUGAAGCAGAAAAAGGGACUUCUAACGUCGGAUCAGGUACUUAUGACAAGCACUUUGACCUCCAAAAUUGUGUUGAAAAAUGCUCAAAACAGUCCUGCGUGGGCUAAGAAGUUUGCUGCUGCAAUGGUCAAAAUGGGAAAGAUUGACGUGCUCACCGGCACCCUGCAAGGCGAGAUCCGAGAAAACUGCCGCCUCGUCAACUGA